AUGGAUGACCUCCUGGAAAAGCUUGAUGAACAGGACACUGACCCUGAAGAAAGAGUGCUCAGAGGUGUGUCUGUUGCCAUCCUCACCACCAUUGAAGAUGAUGAUGCUGCCAUAUCACCAAAUGUGCGAGAUGUGGCUGUUGUGUUGGAAGGGACCAUUGUGCUUCAUGACCUACCAGACCUCUCUACAGCCUUUGCAUACCUCUUUGGCCUACUGUAUGCCAUGAACAUUGAUUAUCCAAAGGAGAUGAGGCGGACCAGAGAGGAGAGGACGUUCAGGAACUGGAUGAACUCUCUGGGAGUCAAUCCGCAUGUUCACCAUAUCUACGGUGAUCUGCAGAGCGCCAUGGUAAUUCUCCAGCUCUAUGAAAGGAUCAAGGUACCAGUGGACUGGGACAGCAGAGUCACACCUCCAUUCAAGGGAGUAGGAGGAGGACAUUUAAAAAAGAUGGAAAACUGUACCUACGCUGUGGAGCUGGGAAAGACAAAAGCUGGUUUCUCCCUGGUGGGAAUCGGCGGACAGGACCUCUACGAUGGCAAUCAGACACUAACUCUGGCACUGGUGUGGCAGCUGAUGAGGAGGUACACGUUAAAUGUUCUUGAAGACCUUGGACAUGGAGAAGUGGCAGGAGACGAUUUAAUAGUUUCAUGGGUCAACAAGACUUUGGCUGGGGCCGGCAAGAGUUCCUCUAUCAAAAGCUUUAAGGACAAGGCAAUCGGUACCAGUAUACCAGUUCUGGACCUGAUCGAUGCCAUUCAGCCCCAGAGUGUGAACUUUGAGCUGGUUCAGCAAGGAAGUCUGUCAGACGAAGACAAACUGAACAAUGCCAAAUAUGCCGUUUCCAUGGCGAGAAAGAUUGGGGCCAAAGUCUACGCGCUGCCUGAGGACCUGGUGGAGAUCAACCCCAAAAUGGUGAUGACCAUCUUCGCCUGCCUGAUGGGGAGAGGCAUGAAUAGGGCGUAA